GGCGUUUCUACGACAGCUGGGAGGGAGCCGCUCGAGAGAGGACAGAGCGCGAGAGGCGGCUGUGCCUGCGACGCUUCGCACAAAGUUUCUGCAGCAUGGGAGACAAGAGGAGUCCGACGAGGCCGAAACGCCAAGCGAAGCCCUCCUCAGACGACGGCGGCGGCUACUGGGACUGCAGCAUGUGCACGUUCAAGAACAGCGCCGAAGCGUUCAAAUGCAUGAUGUGCGAUGUCAGGAAGGGAACGUCAACGCGGAAACCUCGUCCUGUAGCCCCGCAAGUCACACAGCAGUUUGCUUCACCCACACAGCCUAAGAAAGAGAAAAAGGAAAAGAUGGAGAAGGACAAGAACGAGAGAGAACCAACACUGAAAAAGAACAGCCACAAGAAAAUGAGGCCCAGGUUAAAAAAUGUGGACCGGAGCAGCGCACAACAUCUGGAAGUGACAGUGGGAGAUCUGACGGUUAUCAUAACAGACUUUAAAGAGAAAACUAAGCCCUCCUCCAGUUCGUCCUCCAGCGCAGCAUCUGGAGACCACCACAGCCAGAGCGGAUCCAACUCAGACAACACAGAGAAGGGGAUCUCCAGAUCCUCAUCCCCACGAGGGGAGGGUUCCUCACUCAACGGGGAAUCUCACUAGGAACCCGUGGAUUACGAACGUUACUUCCAGUCUCCUGCACCUAAUAUAUCCAUUUUAAACGAACAGUCACAGGAGCGCGCUUAUGUAUGCCAAGACUAACCGAGACGCAGACUUAACCCAGCAAUAUAAGCCAUCUUUCACUACUACCACAGUUAUAAGAUCAGAAAGAUAGGAUUUCACCACAAUACACUCAUCCUGGUUUGUUACAAUAUCCAGUAGGUCAGCUUGAGAUAAACUAGAAUUUGUAAGCAAUUUUGAUGAUUGAAUUGUGACAAUUUCAUUUCUAUAGCACGUGGUAAUAUUAUGAAUCAUUUGUGUUGUUGUCUGUUUGGAUUUGAAAAUUGACACCCAUUCUCGUUCUCUUCAUUAUCGUCACACAAUUUCAUAAACCAUUAUUUUUUAAAACCACAAUUUGUCAUUUCUGCAACAGCACCCAUUACGUCUCGACAAUUAGCCCUGGGGCUUAAAAACAUUCAACUGGAACAUUUUUGUUAACGUAUUUGCUUCUACAUUAAUGACAUGUCAGUUGCAAAUUGUAACUUUAAUAUACUUUAAAUGCAUUACAUGCUGGGCAUUAAGCCAUCUAUGAAUAACUGUGACCCAAACAUGACUUCCUUUCUCAAUUGUUUGUUGCACCUGUUAGGACUUUUUGUACGGUUUUAUGAGGCGCAGAAAUGAAUUGUUUAAUUUGUUCUUGUUCAUGCUGUUUUAUUUGAAACUUGUCAUAGAUUGCAUCACUUGUGCGGCUAGUUCUACCAGCACUGUUUUGUGUUAGAUUGUCUUGAUAUAAUUCUGUUAAUUCCACAAGAAACAUAACAUUUAUGACUAAAAAUGACAAAUGUAUUUGUAAGAUGUUGAAUUCAUCCCCUCCUUUAUGAUGAACGGUGGUAUAUAAAUAUAUUGCAGUUUAGGAAAUAUCUCUUAAUAAAAUGUAAGAUUUAGAAUCCCGUUGUCAAGUAAAAGUUAUUUUCAGGGCAAAUGAAGAUCUUAAGGGAGUGAUUAUCGAAUUUUGGUCGUUUUUGUGGUGAAAUGCACCUGACAUGCAUGCGGAUGAUAUUCGCUGUGGGUCUUCAAAGUGUUGUGGUUUUUACCUCACCAUGAGGAGUGAUGCAA